AUGAAUGAGGGCCGCAGGCAAGGAGGAGGAGCAGUCACCGUUGAGGCCACUGUCAUCCUCCACACUGUGAACCCUGAGCUUGACAAAGAUGAGAAUUCCUGUCCGCGUUACGUCCAGGGAUUCCUGCAGGACAAUCAGGAUUUCAACCCUCCUACCGUGUUCGAGAAGGAAUACCUCCUGGAUGGAAGACUGAUGGAUAAUAACCAUAUUGAUCACCAGAAAGGUAACGGUUCGUACAUCUCCAGAGCUGAGCAGUUUCACCUCUCUGAUAAGAAGGGUGAUCUGGACCUUCUUCCUCAUUCUGACUCCAUUGUGUCCAAUCACAUUGUUGGCAUGCAGCAAAGUGGUGCAAGCGGUGAAAUCCACAAUGGCGCCAGAGCUAAAGUGUCUUACAGUGCAGAUUCCUCUGUGUGCUUGUCUAGCCAAGCCAAACAGGAAACUGAUCGGUCAGUACUAAAAUCGAACCUCGAAUGCAGGGACAGCAGCCAGGAAGCUGGAACUACACGGUCUGAAAAAAAGCCUGAUUUAGUCAUCGAAGUCGGCGGGCAGACAAUCAGUGCUCACAAGUCUGUCCUGGCAGAGAAGAGUGACUACUUUAAAGCCCGGCUGUCACGAGACAUCCUGAAAGUGAAGGGGGUAAGCUACAAGACUCUCUCUACGUUGAUAGACUAUGUUUAUACCUGUCAGAUGAAUGUUUCUAAGGACAAUGUUGUAGAUGUCAUUACGGGGGCUAAAAUUCUCCAGAUCCCCUGUGCCGUCCAGGCAGCCAUGGACUCCAUGUCAGAACAAGUCACUGCAGAGAACUGUUACGAGAUUCUGACCAUUGCCAAGAAGCAGCGACUUAGUGAACUGAAGGAGACUGCCUAUGGAUUCAUGAGCGACAACUUUCUGCGGAUCCUCAAAGACCCCUCAGUGUAUGGGCGUCUGACCGGAUCAGAGCGGGAUCUGAUCCUAAAGAAGAGAAUGGAGGGGAGGAAGACUCUGAUGGUUUCAGAGAUAAACGAUGUGUUUGAUCGUGUUGGGAGCCGACCACCGAGCCGCUGUGGAAGUCGGCCACAGAGCCCUUUAUCCGUGGGGUCUUUUGAAGAGAACCAUAUGAUUUAUUACUUUAAUGAAACUGCAAAUGACUGGAGACCUUUGACUGUGAUGCCUGAGGACAUAAACACUAAAGGGUGUGGUAUCUGCACAAUGUAUAACUACCUGUUUGUGGCAGGGGGUAUAAAGGGCUAUGGGGACAAGGGCAAGGUUUCAGACAAGGUCUUCUGUUACAAUCCUAUAACCAACCGCUGGGCCGAGGUCCGACCUCUGAACCAGGCUCGUGCCCAGCUAAAACUGGUGUCUAUGGAUGGCUACCUGUAUGCCAUUGGAGGUGAGUGUUUGUUUACAGUGGAAAAAUAUGACCCUCGUAUGGAUCGCUGGACCGCAGUGGCCCCCUUGCCCAAAGGAGCCUUCGCAGUGGCCCACGAAGCCACCACCUGCAGCGGAGAGCUGUACGUUUCUGGGGGCUCUCUCUUUUAUCGCCUUCUCAAGUAUGACCCUAAGAGGGACGAGUGGCAGGAGUGUCCCUACAACAACAGCAGGAAGAAGUCUACAGACAUGGUGGCUCUUAAAAGCUUCAUCUACCGCUUUGACGUCAACCGCGAGCAGGGGAUCAACGUGUUCAAGUACAACACAAUAGUGAAAAUGUGGCAUGAUUGUGCAUCACAGAGGCUUGGAAGUCAUUUACCAUUUAGGUGUGCAGUCAUUGGCAACUGCAUCUACUGUGUGAACAAAACACAGACUCUUCAGUUUAUAGUGGAGGAGGAGAAUGCUUACUUUGUUGAGGAGACGCUGAGGGCGCCUCUGGAGGCAAAAGGCAUUCUUUUUCCUUUUGUUCUCACUUUGCCUGAAAAGCCUGAAAAAGUCACAUAGGGGGUGUAAUCCAGUGUGAAACGAUGCGUCAUAGCAAAACUGGAAAUAAGCAGAAGACCUUAUAUACACUCUUCAAUGUCAGCUUUCUAUCUCAGUGUCUCAUUGCCUGCUUGCAAUGGAAUGUGU